AUGCAGCUCUCCAGAUAUCUCCCACGCGCUCGACUGACCGGCCUAGCUGACCUUCACCGACCCGCCUUCGCAUCUUCGUUCUGGAAACCAUACACUACCGCAAACGACGAUAUGGCCGACCCCACUUCGCAGCAACACGAGGAGACAAGAGAAACACCCUUGGGCUUGCCUGAACCACCCGCCGGUGGUAUCAAGCUCGACGUUGGUUCUGGCGAGGGUGUGGCACUCGAUCACCUUGGCCCCAUGGUCGUCAACAAGGAUGGCACAAUUUCAAGGAUCACAAACUGGGACAAGAUGGCCGAGAUCGAGAAGAAGAACACCCUGAGGAUAUUGCAGAAGAGGAAUAAACAGCGCUUGGAUGCUCUCAAGCAAGCAAGCCAAGAAAGCACAGAAGAUGCAUCAAAGUCAUGA